CAAUUUGGUAUCAAGGUAUGUUCUGGUGUAGACCCUGGCGUUCUUCAGUCCUUGCCUAAUGUGUUCCGAUACAAAUUGUGUGCCUUGGCCCUAGUACGUACCGGUAGCCAGCACAGAGGCACCGAGAGACGCCAGAAGCAAGUGCAUCACCCUUUAUGUAAUAACGGAGCUAUGAAUGCCGGCCCCACGAGCCAAAAGGCCCGCCGACCAAGAUAUAGCCUAAACUUUAUAAGUUUCUUUCCAAGCAUUAAAGCGGCUCUCUGCCAGCUGGAGGAGCGCGUCCGGUGUUGAGGACGACUUUUAGCCGGCCCCAGUUCGCCCCGUCACUGGGCCCCUCAGAAUCCCGGUCUCCCUCUAGCUGAGCAGCCCUGCCCUGCUGCAAAUGGCGGCGAUGAAGUUGCAGGAAGUUGCAAGCCUGAGGGCGUGCGUGCUGCUCCUGUUGGCCUCGCUAGUCGCUUGUUACCCGCAAGUCGCCUAUCGCAAGCUGCAGGCAGCGAGCGUUCCACCACCACCCAGGCUGCGGCCGCCACCGCCCAGCCCUCGGUCGCCACCGCCCUCACCGCCGCCGCCACCGCCCUCACCGCCACCGCCCUCGCCAUCGUCGCCGCCACCGCCCCCACCUCCACCGCCACCUUCCGCGCCUCCCCAGUACUACAUCAGCUUUGGCAAGUGCGGCCCCAACCUCCAGAAGGUGCAAUACGGUGCCUGGGCCAUGACACGCUCCGAACGCGCUCAAACAAGCCCCGACUCGAUCGUAAUGUUCCUGGACACGAAGAACAAAACGCACGUUGCGCCGGUGUUUGGAACGGUGGAGCCGGAGACGUUCCCCAUGCAGAGCAUCUACUUUGCGUACUUUAACAAGACGGGUAUCAAGAUGUGGUCGCCCAACCUGGAUGCAACUCCGUACAAGGAGUCGCCUUCUUGGUACACGAUCAAGGUGAACGGCCGGGUUCUCAAUACGAUCCGGGACCUCAAGGACUCGGGGACCAAGACGCCAAUGACCGCGAGUUACAGCCUCAAGGGUACACUGAACGGCGCCAUCUUCCCGUCAGCAACCAAGUUCAGGAUCGAGGUGACAAAGUCUUGUGACGACCCAAAACGUUGCUCAUCAAUUCCCGAUCCAGCCACUGUGUUUACGUCGCCGGUUGGCUUGAUUGUGUGGAGCACUUGGAGUGUGAAGCAAUCGCUGUAUGUUAACGGUGUGUAUGUGAAGGACCACGCAUGGUGCCCCGUGCAAACUGUGCUUAAUGUGCCGUGAGCCCUGACGGAUUUGCAUGCGGCGUCGUGCCGUACAAAAGUGCGCCGUACUGGCAGUUCCAUGUGGGCGAAGUUCCUUUGGCUGCGAAUUGAUAAACGAGGGAGGCAUUGACCCAAUCGUGAGAGUGAGAGGGGUGGGAGGGAGAGUCAGGGGGAAGGCGAGGAGCGAAGCGCGCGGGGGGCCGUACCUUGGCUUGGAGUGUUUGUUGCAUGGCGACGAGAACUGGUCGCAACGUGUAGGAAAGAUUGGUGACGCGUCUCCUCCCGACUCACAGAGGUUAGGUGUAUUCAUACAUGUAUACCGUACCAGAGGCUUUGCAAGGUUCUGGUGCAUGUUUUUUGCACCUUUCUUUCCCUUCCUUGGCUCGAUGCUUGUUGCGUGCUGGAACUGUGAGCUUUUCCGUUUUUCGUUAUCCCUGAUUUUGCGUGCAUUUUUAUGUCGGCACGGUGGCAUGGUAUUAUGGUGUGGGCAGGCAGGCAAUGUUCCUUGUUCCCAUGUUCACAUGGUUAGCCCAACGGAGGGGCCUCCUUCACCACAAGUGUUUUUCAGGGCGGCAUUGUUCUACUUUGAGCAUGUUGUUGGGCAUGAGUUACGAGGUACGAUACAUGCAUGUUGAGGGCAUGUUGUACGGCACGUUAAGCGCUCGUACGGCUGGACGAGCGGAUUUUCCGUACAGGGAGUUUUAAUCCUGACGUACCGGGCGUUGUGAGAUGUCGAACACGGUGAGUCGCAGUGAGCCAAUGUUUUUUAUGAGGCGGUUUCGCCGACUACGCCAUGUUCCUUCAUGUUUCCUUGUGGUUUUUCAUGGACGCUAUGUUUUACGGCUGUUUCAGUUGUUCUGUGAUGCAUGGAUGAUUAGGUGACAUGGAUGUAGGGUUUCCUGCUUGUCCCUGGGUCCUAGGGUUGGGUGUUCUGGAUUCGCGGUUUACCAUUGACGGCUUAUUCCGUAAAAAGAAGUGCUUAUCGUUUGCCAGCUUACAAUUGCUGCUCCGGGCGGACCUGUAGUGAUGAAGGUGGCGCGAGGCGUAGUGUCUACACCUACACUACUUGGGUUGCGUUGUUGCGACCAAAAACGUUGUAUACCCGUACAGUUUGAGCAGUAUGUGAGGUGCAAAGCCUGAC